GAUGCCCACCCGGGGGCCCCGCCACACCCACGGCUCCCGGGGGGGCCUUCAGCUCCGCCCGCCUGGCCCGGGGCCCCCGCCGGAAGCUCACAGGGCAAGGCCCAAGAAGAUUGUAUUUGAGGAUGAACUGCCCUCCCGGACCCUCCAGGGCACCAAGAAGCCUGUUGGAUACAUCCUUGGGGGGCAUAUGCCUAGGUCCCACCCAGUGCGGGACUAUGAGCUCAGUAAGUACCCAGCAGUGAGUAGUAAGAGGGAACGGAGUUGCUACGCUGCUGUGUUCCAGGACCAGUAUGCAGAGUUCUUGGAGCUCCAGCAGGAGUUGGACUCUGCACAGGCUAAACUCCAGCAGCUGGAGGCUCUGCUGACCUCACUGCCCCCGGCCCGAAGCCAGAAGGAGGCUCAAGUAGCUGCCCGUGUCUGGAGGGAAUUUGAGAAGAAGCAGACGGACCCCAGCUUUCUGGACAAGCAGGCUCGCUGCCGCUACCUGAAGGACAAACUAAGGCACCUCAAGGCGCAGAUCCAGAAAUUCGACAACCGAGGAGACAGCGAGGGCUCUGUGUACUUCUGAGCAUCCUGACAGACAGACAGAGGAACACAUUGGGAUGGGGGGGGUCCCACCUUGCCCUUGUUUCUCUUUCUACCUCCUAGCCCUUAGCUCUUACUCUAAUUGUAAAUGCCUCAGCUUUGGGGGCUUAGCUCUGAUGAUCCCUACUCCAGGAAUUCUUCCCAGGAUCUUCAGGACCCCCAACCCUGACCCCAUGGGGGCCCUAGAUCUCAACUCAUCCUCUGGAAGCAGGUCCUGCUUUCCAAUCCCAGUGGAAUAAACAUUUCUUAAAUAUA